CCCCUCUCGAUCGGGAGCCGGUGGGAGAGGACGACGGCCGGCGGGGGGAGGAGGCGGCCCUAGCGCCAUUUUGUGGGAACGUAGAGGUAGCUGGGCUGCUCUCGGAUCCCUCGCUGCUUCAGUUUCCCUGUCGCGCUUCCUAGCAGCGGCCUAGCGGAGAAGUAAGAAAAGAUGUCUGAAUAUAUUCGGGUAACAGAGGACGAGAAUGAUGAACCCAUUGAAAUACCAUCAGAAGAUGAUGGGACAGUGCUGCUGUCCACAGUUACAGCCCAGUUUCCAGGGGCAUGUGGGCUGCGCUACAGGAAUCCAGUGACUCAAUGUAUGAGAGGUGUUCGUCUGGUAGAAGGAAUUCUGCAUGCCCCUGAUGCUGGUUGGGGAAACCUGGUAUAUGUUGUCAACUAUCCCAAAGAUAACAAAAGGAAAAUGGAUGAGACAGAUGCUUCAUCAGCAGUGAAAGUGAAGAGAGCGGUCCAGAAAACAUCUGACUUGAUAGUACUAGGUCUCCCAUGGAAAACAACCGAACAGGACCUCAAAGAGUAUUUCAGUACCUUCGGAGAAGUUCUUAUGGUGCAGGUCAAGAAAGAUAUAAAAACUGGUCAUUCAAAAGGAUUUGGCUUUGUUCGUUUUACGGAAUAUGAAACCCAGGUGAAAGUAAUGUCACAGCGACAUAUGAUAGAUGGACGAUGGUGUGACUGUAAACUCCCCAAUUCUAAGCAAAGCCCAGAUGAGCCUUUGAGGAGCAGGAAGGUAUUUGUUGGGCGUUGUACAGAAGACAUGACUGCUGAUGAGCUGCAGCAGUUCUUCUGUCAGUACGGAGAAGUGGUAGACGUCUUCAUUCCCAAACCAUUCAGGGCUUUUGCCUUUGUUACAUUUGCAGAUGACCAGGUGGCCCAGUCUCUUUGUGGAGAGGACUUGAUCAUUAAAGGAAUCAGCGUGCAUAUAUCCAAUGCUGAACCUAAGCACAAUAGCAAUAGGCAGUUAGAAAGAAGUGGAAGAUUUGGUGGUAAUCCAGUUUUUAAUAAGUCUGGGUGACCGCACCUAAAAUGCACUUGCACUAUUACUCAGCAGCAGUAACAUGGUAACACUUAAAAUGGUAUUCGGGGACCUCCAAAGACUAAACUGACAAGCCUUCAAGGAGCCCAGGGGUAAGUUAACCUAUCGAUGGCAUGGUUUUAAUACCUUAUUUACACUUGUUAAAGCUAGUUGCUGAUCAUAGAAGGCUUUCAAUGUUGAGUAGCCUUUUAUAUAACAUGUUUAUGCUACUACAUAGUGGGUAGUUAUUCUACCCUUAAAAAAAUUAAAGUUUAGAAGUACUAAACUUGGCAAAGAUUUGUUUUUAAAAGUCUUAUUUGGUCAUCUAAAUGCAUUCAUUCUAAAUUUUUUUGAACCACAGUUGAAUAAAAAUUUUUAUUGUCACCACAGUUUAGUGUCUGGAGUCUUACUGGAAAAACAUGAUUUCUUUUUCCUAUGUGACAAAGAUGUUGGAAAGUUACCUUUAAAAAGUGAUUCUCAAGAAAUACCAUUUAUAUAUGCAUAAGAGAAAUUAGGCCAAAACUCAGAGUGAAUUUUUCAUAUAAUGUUAACCAACUAGACUGCAAAACUUAAAUGUUUACUAUUAAAAUUUUUAGGGAGGUAGUCUGGGGAUGUAACUCGGGGACAGAGCACUUGCCUUGCAUACAUGAAGCUCUGGGUUCAACCCCCAGUACCGUAAAAUAAAUAUAUAAAUAAAAUUUUUUAGGGAGGAAUUGCCAACUAAAAUCAAAUGAAAAUUUUAAGAUUAAAUCAGCGCCUAUAUUUCCAUAAUAGGAACAGUAGGAAGUUAACUACAGAGUAAUUCAGUUGCAGGUGAUAAUUAGAGUUUUUAUUGUUGCACACGGGAGAGGAGAGUAGCUCUCAAUUGUACAAUAGAGUUGUCUACUCAGCUGUGGUAGAAUUUGUCUCUUGUUUAGCUUAUCUGCCUGAGUAUUUUGUGUUCAGUUAAGGAAAAAUCCUUCCAUGUUUAUGUAUAAUAUGACCACCUGUUUCGGGUACAUUUCAUUUUGUGGAAAAUACUAGAUUUGGUUUAAACAGUAUGCUGAAGUUGAACAUUAUUUAGGUUAUUUCCAAUUGCUAGGAACAUCCUUAUAGAUAAGUUGAACUCUCAGCACUGGAAUUCACUAUGUCAAAGAUUAUGCAUACUUUUAGGGCUUUUGGCAUGUAUUACCAUUUGGCUUUUAGAUUGUAUCAUCUCUGACACAGUGAAAUAGUACCAUUUCAUGUCCCUUUUGUCUGAACGUGUGAUAAAUGAAAAAUUGGUUCUCACUGUUUUGUGGUGUUAGUUUUUAACGUGGCAGUCAGUUAAUAUCUGAGCUAGAGUAUCAAUGUUUCAAUUUAUCUACCUGGAAAAAAAAAUGGUUUUUCAAAGUUGCUCCCCUGAACAAAUACUGGUAUCAUACAUAAAGCACCCUUUGAGAUCAGUAAGAACAAGUGGAAAAACAGAGAACAUGGACAAGCAAUUUGCAGAAAUGCAAACAACCAGUAUGAACAGGUGGACUUUGUAAGUAAGUAAAUUCAUCUUAAGCAAUGAGUUAUAGUGGGGUGGUGAAGGUGAUGGUUUAUGUCCCCUUGAAUCAACAAGUAAGGGUGAGCGGCAUUACACUGGAAAAUGGGUUGAUACCCAUGAUGGUCUCACCUGGAGUUUGUUGGGGUUUUUUGUGUGUGUGGAGUGACAACUGCUAUGUCACAUUACCGCUAAGAUGUUUUACAGGGUACUUCUAAAAAUGACACAUUUACUGAUUGAAGACGUGCAAAUUAAAAAUUAUUAAUUAUGUUCUCAAUCCAGGGAAUAUAGUUAAUGACUUUCGUAUACACCCCAUACUGACCUGCUUCCCCACAAUUUAUGGAACCCCAAGACACUAAUCCCCCUACAAACCAAGUCUCUGUCUUGUUGUCUAGAAAUACUAGUGCCCCUCCACUGUCACCUCUGCAGCUGUCCUUGCCUCCGGUUUCUAAGCCAGCACAAAGCAUGUUGUCAGUUAUCCUUCCCCCUGGAUAGCGCUGCUUUUCAUAGGCAGCCGUACAUUUUUGAUGGUCAACAAUUGGUAAGUCAACAAACAUUAGAUUUCUAGCAAGAAAGCCCCUUUGGGUUAAUCCCCAUCCAGAUACAGUUCCAGUGUCAUUUGUCCUCAUCAAAAAUUCAGCUUCUUUUCUUGGCAGACAAAUAGGCAUGAUGUUGCUAUUGAUUACAACUUUGUUCUUCAAUUUAAUCAGUGCUAUAUCAUUGUCGAAACCGGCAUCAUGAGUGUAACCUUCAUGUAUAAAAACAGCCUCGGCCCAGGCUUGUGUGUAGUGAGGUGAUAGUCUCUUAAGGACGCCCAUUCGAAUGUCCAGGGAAGAUGCCUCUUCUCUUUGCAUAUACACAGCGUGAGCAGCUGUUAGAAUCCAGUUGUCAUUUAAAAGUGCACCUGCUGCUGUAGUUUGACCUAGUAGCAGAACUUGCCAGGGAAAAUCACCAGGCUGUGCACUUUGCCCUCCGUAUAUACGACCUCUUGUAGUCCGGGCUGAUCGUCCACACACUGGGGAAGAAGCAAAGAAGAGAACCUUUGUAGAAAUCCAGUGGGGCUUUCCCCCCCGCCAAGUUUUUACCACUUUGGUGGUGUGUGUGUUGAGUGUCAGCCAAAAAUUAGGUCCCACGUAUAGGGGUGUUCUCUUACAUAGGUGUAUAGACUUUCUAAAUUUGCACAGUUCAAAGUUCUAAUAAAUACUUUUGGUAUUUCUUAGUUCCUCAGGAAAUGUGAGUGAAAAAUUUCAGAAAUAAAAUGUUUUACUAAAAGAAUUUGGUCUAUAAGAUUUGGGGAGCUGUGUGCAGUGCACACGCCUGUAAUCCCAGCAGCUCAGAAGACUGAGACAGGAAGAUCAAGUUUGAGAUUAGCCUGGGCAUCUUAGCCCCUGUUUCAAAAAAAUAAGGGCAAUGCAGCUCAGUGGUAGAGCACCCCAGGUUCCAUCCCCAGUACUAGCCAGGACCCUUCAGGUUCAGAAAUUAUUAUUUGUGGUCUGGUUCAUUCUUCCAAACACUGAAUCUUACUGUGUUUUUAUUGCAGACUAAUUAUGCUCAUUAAUGUAGCAUAUAUGUUUCCUAUUAUGGCAGUAAGCUUGUAUUAGAACUUAACAAAUGGUGUGUCAGCCAAGUGUAGGUUUUAAAAAUCUAAGCCAAAUAACAGGGGUAAUGAAUAUAUUACUACCUUUCAGAUUUUUUUUUUAAAUCAUUCUCAACUAUUAUUGUUAGAGCCAAUUCUGGUAAAAAUAAUUUUUAAGCACUAUUAAAAGGCAAAUUGCAUUAAUGUUUAAAAACGUAGAUGUCAUCGAAAGCAAUUGCUUAGGGAAAUAAUGAAGUUAUUAGCUUUGGGUUUUAAUAGCAUUUUCACAGAGAAGAAAAGUAACAGAAGAACUCGUGUUUAUAAAUGUAUAAAUGGUUCAAGAUAAUUUUUAAAAUCAUUUAAUUUUUUAUGCUUGCUUAGUUAUAAGGUCAAAAAUAAUCAGAUGACUGAUGCAGUCAGCACCACACAAACUCUAUGUGGGAAGGGGCUAAUGAGAACAUAUUAUUUGGAAAUACUAACUUGGUCUGAGAGCCAGGGGCUGAAGUUCCCUUUCUGCCUACCACAGCUAAGCUCUGCUUGUCUCCCGCCCAGCUCUCUUUCCCGCCAGUCAUGAGUCUCUUGUGUAAAUGUGUCCAUUACCGGGCUCACAGGCUGGGAGUGAUUUUUCUCCUUUGGAGCUCGUCCAGAAUCCAUCAGCCUCACACACAUAUUUACCUGCAAAUCAUUGGAAAAGCAAAAAUGUUUAACUGCAUGUAUAAGUUGGUUGUCAUUUGCUUGAAUACCCCCUUGAAAAAUGUUGAUUCUUGAGCAUCCGUGGGAGAUAGAGGUGUCUGACUAACCAUUUUACAUGAUUUCAUAAAUAGGAGGUCUCUGCAUUACCAUGUUUGCUUGCAAAGUGGAAACCUUUUAGAUGUGUAACUUGAAUAUGUAUCAAGAUCUCAAGUGCUUAAUGAUAAGGUUUUUGACUUGUCAAAUUAAACCAUUUGG